GGCGGCGAACAGGAGGCGGGGGCCCAAGCCCGAGAGGGCGCCCAUCCAGGGCCCCGCCCGCCGCCUUCUGUGGCUUCAAUUUCGUUUCCCGGGCGCCGCCCGCCUUGUCCCUGGUUUCAUUUCCCAGCGCGCGGGGCGGGACCUGGAGGAGCCGAUGGCCUUCGGCCGCGGCCCGCGCGCCCCGCUGCUGCUCGCGCGCCUCUCGGGGCUGCGGCGUGGGGCCUGCGCUCGCGCCAUGGAGCUGCCGCGCUGCUUCGCGCUGGAGCUGCCCGGCUGCACCCUGGCUCACUUCGCUGUCGAUGACGAGGCCCCGGGCACGCACCCCGACCCCCACGCGGCCGCGCUCCUGGGACCUCCGGGCCGCAGCUACUCGCUGAGCGUGCCGGUGGCCGAGGGCGCCGGCUGCGCGGCCCGGGUUCGCGCGGCCCGGUUGCACCAGCGCCUGCUGCACCAGCUGCGCGGCAGCCCCUUCCAGCUGUGCCAGCUGCACAGGCUGCUGUGCUACCAUCCGGGCAGCGGGGCGGGCGGCCUGCAGCACGGCUUCCUGCUCCACGAUCCCCGCGACAGCCCUGACACCCGGAGCGCUUUGCUGGCGCUGCUGGACGCCUACCGGGAUGCCCCGCGCCCGCUCCUGGCCGAGUUCGCGGGCGACGCGGGCCGCCAGCUGUGGCGGCGCCCGUGGGAGCUGCAGGACGAACACGGGUGGCGGCAGGUCGGCAGCGAGCUUGUCGUGCCCGCGCCGGAGCCCGCGCUGCACCCGGUGGUGCCCGACCUGCCCAGCUGCGGGGUCUUCCCCCACCGGGAGGCUGCCCGCGCCGUUUUGGAGGCGUGUACAUCCUUCAUUCCCGAAGCCCGAGCCGUGCUUGACCUGGUUGACCGGUGCCCGGAGCAGGUCCAGAAGGGGAAGUUCCCAGUUAUCGCCAUUGAAGGAUUGGAUGCCACAGGUAAAACCACUGUGACCCAGUCAGUUUCAGAUUCACUCAAGGCUGUUCUCCUAAAGUCGCCACCUGCUUGCAUCAGCCAGUGGAGGAAGAUCUUUGAUGAUGAACCAACAAUCAUUAGAAGAGCUUUUUACUCUUUGGGCAAUUAUAUUGUGGCUUCUGAAAUAGCUAAAGAAUCUACCAAAUCGCCUGUGAUUAUAGACAGGUACUGGCACAGCACGGCCACCUACACCAUAGCCUCUGAGGUGAGUGGGGGUCUCCAGCACCUUCCCCCCACCCACCACCCUAUAUACCAGUGGCCCAGGGACCUGCUCAAACCCAACCUGGUCCUGCUGCUCACCGUGAGUCCAGAGGAGAGGAUGAAGAGGAUCGAGGGCCGGGGCCUGGAGAGGACCAGAGAGGAGGUUGAGCUGGAGACGGACAGCAUAUAUCGUCAAAAGGUAGAAGUGUCCUACCAGCGGAUGGAGGACCCUGGAUGCCACGUGGUGGAUGCCAGCCCUUCCAGAGAAAAGGUCCUCCAGACCGUUUUAAGCAUAAUCCAAAAUAACUGUAAUGUGUUGUGAUGCCUCUGGGCCGGACGGACAUUGUGCUGGAUUUGCUGUUGUUGGACACAUCUGAGCCCACGGCCAGUCUUGCAGUUUCCCCAGCUUUCAGUUGCAUAAGCACGUUGUGUGGCACAAGACUGGACAUGACAGUUUUACCUAAACCGCUGUUCUCGCUGCUGACCGACGGACCAAUCAGGGUUGAGACUGGGCGCGUUCCUGUGAGAGAUGGUGAUUGCUUCCGCCAAGUGUAACAAACGUUUUCUGGAACUUCUUUUACCUCCGUCUCUACCAAAUGCCUCCACGGUUGGUCUCCUCGGACAGCAGCGGGAGAGGGACCGAAGGAACCACGAAGCUCCUCCCGCCUCGUCCGUGCCCACACCGGCCACUGGUGAGACCUUGAGGUGCCCGGGGCUGGCUUCUUCCCAAUUCCUCCCAUCCUGCCGAUUCCAUCAGCCCCCGAAUCCUAGAGCCAAGCGAUCCGGAAGAACGCAUCCUGCGUCCGGCUGUCAGAAGACCUUCCCACGUGGCCCAUCUUGUGGCGGGGGGGUCCCUGACCCGCAAGGCGUCUGCCCUGUCUGAGGCUUCCAGCCCCGGAGAGGGUUCUCUUGGUUAGCACCUCAACGUCAAUCACAGAAGAGACCAACCCAAGAUGCCCUGAAUACACACAUGCCCGACAGCCCUCGAGUUCUGUUCUGAUGAUGUGUAUGCCGCUCCUUUGCUCGGACGACCUGGCUUUGGGUAGAAUGUGUGUUUUGCACUAAAGUAGAUUCUUAAACGGAGCCAGCACAGCAAUAUAAUUAUAUUGAUGUUUACAUCUUGUUUGUCCUGGAGUAGGGACUGGGCCUUCCAUCAGAACUGAAGCCAAGAAGCCAAAUGCAAAGCUGCUGGUGUGUUUUCCUCAGACAGAUUUAAUUGAUCUUACUAAGUCAGCACAGUGGGUCCUGGAAUGGGAUUUCUUGGUGAAUUAUCUUGCACUUGAAUAUCUAAGGAUUACAUGUGAAGUCAGCAUGUAAUGGGGAUCUUUUUGGCUAGAAAGAAAAAUAGCUGAGAAAAGAGGAAACUUCAUCAGUGUGUGGCCUUGGUGAGACUUGUAGCAUCCCUGUAACUUGAUCUAAAAACUGAUAGUAUUUCUUUAUUUCUCUUAAGGAGUAGGCUGAACCAGGCAAUUAUUUAGAACUGCUUCCAUUUCUAGGAUAGAUUGAAUCCGUCAGUUAUUUGAAGGGAUUCUCUCAAGAAGACAUCCCCCCCCCCCCGAUGUGUCUAUCGGGUUUAUCACAUAUGGACUCUUAAACUAUAAUAAAGUGUAUAUUAACUGUAUUAUUUUUCAAAAGCACUAUCGGUAUUUUACACAUAAUAUAUCUAUGUAUAUAAAGAUGUAAUUUCAUUUGAAAAUAUUUUUUAAAGCUGCUAAGUCACACUGGAUUCUUUCAGAUACGAUGUCUAAGUAUGCCACUGAGGUCACUCACUUCGGAUAUUUUGAAAAGCUUGUCCUGGAAGCCUAGCACCGCAAACAUUUCAUGCUUUCUUUGUGGCCCUUGCAAAUGAAUAAACGUGCUGUGAUUUUCUCACCCUU